GCCCAUCCCUUGCCCAGCUGCCCAUCCCUGGCACAUCCACCCCUUGCACAACACCCCGAUCCUUUCACAAGCACCCAAACCCGGCACACGCAGCCUUUCCACACCCGCCCCUCGCACCGUUCCCCACCUCUCCCCCGGCUCCCAAUCCCUGUGCCACCCACGCCUCGCACUCCCACCCUCGCACACCCACCUUUGCACGCCCACCCCUCUCCCCCCCCUCCAUCCCCUCCCCGCCCACCCGCACCGCACCCAUCUGGGUGCCCCCCUUUUCCCGGCUCCCUCUCCCGCUCGCUCUCCCCGCCCCGGCGCUCCGUCCCUCCCCCGGGGGGGUGUCCCCUGCCGCCGUCCCUCCCCCCCGGCCGUGUCCCGCCCCCGGCCCGCCCCGGCCGGCCGCGCUCUCGGUGCCGGCCGCGCUAUAAGAAGCGGGGCGGGCGGCGGGGCCGCAGCGGGCGCGGCGGGGGAACGAGAUGAGCAGCGCCGGCGCCGCUGCAAGAUGCUGGAUGGACACGUCCUGCUGGGAUGGCUCUCCUCCUGCGCGCUCCUAGGGCUGCUCGCCUGCGCCCCGCGGCCCUCCGCCGCCUACUUCGGGCUGACGGGGAACGAGCCCCUGACCAUCCUCCCUCUGACCUCGGAGAUGGAGGAGGCGGCGGUCAAAGCCCACUACAAGGUGUGUGACCGGCUGAAGCUGGAGAAGAAGCAGCGCAGGAUGUGCCGGCGGGACCCGGGCGUGGCCGAGACCCUGGUGGAGGCCAUCAGCAUGAGCGCCCUGGAGUGCCAGUACCAGUUCCGCUUCGAGCGCUGGAACUGCACCCUGGAGGGCCGCUACCGGGCCAGCCUGCUCAAGAGAGGUUUCAAGGAGACAGCCUUCCUGUACGCCAUCUCCUCGGCGGGGCUGACCCACGCCAUGGCCAAGGCGUGCAGCGCGGGCCGCAUGGAGCGCUGCACCUGCGACGAGGCGCCCGACCUGGAGAACAGGGAGGCCUGGCAGUGGGGGGGCUGCGGGGACAACCUCAAGUACAGCAACAAGUUCGUCAAGGAGUUCCUGGGGAGGAAGCCCAACAAGGACCUGCGAGCCCGGGUGGACUUCCACAACAACCUGGUGGGCAUGAAGGUCAUCAAGGCCGGGGUGGAGACAACCUGCAAAUGCCACGGCGUGUCCGGGUCCUGCACCGUCCGCACGUGCUGGAGGCAGCUCUCCCCGUUCCACGAGAUCGGGAAGCAGCUGAAGCAGAAGUACGAGACGUCCCUCAAGGUGGGCAGCACCACCAACGAGGCCACGGGGGAAGGGGACAUCUCCCCGCCCAAGAAGUCCAUCCCCGGGCACAGCGAUCAAAUCCCAAGGACUACAGACCUCGUGUACAUCGACGACUCCCCGAGUUUCUGCAUGAUGAGCCGGUACUCGCCGGGCACCUCGGGGAGGAAGUGUUACAAGGACAAGAACUGCGACAGCAUCUGCUGCGGGCGGGGGCACAACACGCAGAGCCGGGUGGUGACGCGGCCGUGCCAGUGCCAGGUGAGGUGGUGCUGCUACGUGGAGUGCAAGCAGUGCACCCAGAGAGAGGAGGUUUACACCUGCAAGGACUGACGGGGGGGCCCGGCCGUCGUCACCCUCCCGCUGCCCGGCGGGGAGCCCUCGGCGGCGGGAGAACCGCGCACGGAGACAAACAGGGUUUGACGGACCCUCUGGGAUCUGAACGCUGUGUUGAGACAUGAGCACUUUGUAGGGUACAGGUGACCCAGCUGUGUUGCUGUUUUGUUUUGGUUUUUUUUUUUUUUUUGGUUUUGGUUGUUUUUUUUUUUUUUUUUUUUUUGGUGUUGUUUUCCUGUAGACUGAAUUUCGAUGAGGUCCAACCAUGUGGAAAUAAGUGCCUGUCCCACUGGGGUUAGACACCAGUGGACCUUCACCUUAGUCGUCCGCGCAGUUUUGACGGAUCGUUUUUCCUUGGAACAUCUUGGUGGUUUUCACCAAUCCUCCAUGAACUCCCGGGCUGACAGAUUCUCUUUGGCAUAAAUUAUCCGUGCUACUUUAUUCCUGGAGCUUCUCUGGCUGCUUGCAGAGCUGAGCAGGUACAAAAAGAAAGAUCUUUCCGGCACAAAAAGUGAUCGUUCGUUUCUCCUGAAACUGGAGAGAGGGGUGUUGGGCAAUGAUGGUUCCUGAUGGUUCUUCCAGUGGAAUUUCUGCACAGGGAGCAAACAAGGCUCUGACAAAGAGACCCACUGGGAGGGUCAACUCUUUAGUGACAGCUCCACGUGCGUCGUCACCAAGCACAGCCCCAAAAACUCGUGGGUCCACCACGCUGCAGACAGAAACGUAUCCAAGAAGGAGGUUGGGAAGACAAGUAGAAAACCAGCUGUGCCUGUCCCCUCCAGUCCAACCACAUAUUCUUUAUUUAAAACAAUUCCUCCAAAUGCAGGUUCUUUAGCACUAUCUCUGUCUUAAAUCUAAUUAUUAUAUAUAUAUAUAUUUUUUUUUAAGAACCACUAGAUACUUUGGUCUCAUUUUUGUGCAUGAUUGAUUUUUUUUUUUUUCCCCUCUCCUCUUCCCACCUCUUCUUGCCGACGGAAUAUUCGCCCUGUGGUAAUUCCGCUUCAGGAAUCUGGAUCUGGAACUUUAUAUUUAGUCUUACGCCCGCUGAAUUUUGGACGCGUGUUUUUGGAGGAGGACAAGAGAAAUCCAAGUGCCUCUUGGAACCCAGGGCUGGCCUGCCUUGUACAGCAGCAGUUUGGGCCUGGAUCAGACCUCUGGAGGAGUUGACUUUUCCUUUCCUAGGUCAUCAUUCCAUUUUCUCCCAACCAUGGCAGUGGUACAUGACACAAGCUGUAUGGAAACCCUACGACCUUAAGAUUAUUUUUUUUGUUUGGUUGGUUUUUUGUUUGUUUUUUUUUUUUUUAACCACUAGCUCGAGAACUGUACUUUCAAAAAGGCAAACUCUUGGAUUUGGAAUAACCAACGGACACACAGUAAGUGGCCAGAGAAGGCAGGAAUUUGACUGCAGUGGUAGAUCAAUCCCAGUGCUGUGAAACAGAUGACAACCUUCAGCUUUUCUUGUUUUUUCCUUGGAAGAGGAGACUCACAAUCCAGGACCUGAUGCAACAAUAUUCUUCACUCAUUAUAAAAAAACGGAUUGGAAGCAGCCAGUGGAUGCCUCAACAAAGCUUCCUAAGGAAACAAUGGAGUGUGGAGGGCGUUCAAUUUGAUUUUUGGUGGCAAUUUUUCGUUGUCCAGCGGCAAUUUCCAUCAAUUUUGUAUAAGCCAUUCAAUCUUUUUCUCAAAAGAGGAAUUUUUCCACCAUUAGUGGAAAUCAGCAAGGAAAAUGAGAGCAAUUUUCCAAGAUGGACCAUUAUUUUUCAAAGCCUUUUUCUCCUUAUUUUUUUGUUUAGUUUCAUUAUUUCCCCCCCCACACACACACAAGCAGUAGCCACUAAUUUAAGCUGUUCCUGUGCAUCUACUGGGAGGAGAAAAGAUCUGUUUUGCUUUUUCUUGGUAACAAAGAACCUGCAGUUCCAGCCUGGCUCGUUGGCAUCAAAUAAUCUUGAUUUGGGGGCACGGGGAGGGACGGGGGGUGUUGAUGGCACCGUGCAAAGUGAAGUGAACUGGCUCUUUUUGGCCCUUUUCUUAUUUGCUGUACAAUUCUGGAGGUUUUGGGUAGCGCCGGAGGAGGAGGAGGAGGAAUCCACGCGCGGUGGAAUUCCCGCCUUCCGCCUCGCAGGAAGGUCUCCCAGUUUUUGGGAGGGGAGAGGGAUGCAGUGCUUUGAAAGUCACCCACGAGCAGUUUUACCUAAUGGUUUAAAAAAUAAACGGACUAGAAACUUCUAAUUCAGCGUGCACAUGUGUAUAUGUAUAUAUAUAUUUAUAUAUACACACAUGCCGACACAUAAAUAUAUAUAUAUAUAUAUAUAUAUAAAUAUUGAACAUUUAUUUAUUGUAAAGCCCUUCAGAAGGACCUUCUUAUGGUUUCAUUGUGGUAUUAUGUUAAAUUCUCUUUCUCCCUCUGUCUCUCUCUCUGUCUCUCACACGUAUGUGCAAACCCACUGUUACAUUUUUAUGUGUGUUCUAGGUUAGCUCUUCCCCUCCUAAAGUUGUUAAAGCUGGGCCCAAAAGCUCCUCAAGACACGAGGAAUUUUGGGGUCUGAAUUCCUAUUUCUGGCUCCAUCCUUUUUAUUAAAAAAAAAAAAAAGAAAAAAAAAAGUCCUUAAUUAAAGGAUGGGCCGCAACUUAUGUGCAUUAUUAUUGUUAUUAUUAUUAAUUAAUUAUUAUUAUUAUUAUUGUUAUAUUUAAACCCUGGGCCUCAUUUUCCCUCUUUUCACUGGUGUCUCUGUCUCCAUUGACCUUGGCUGGAGUAAAUCCACGUUGCACUGGUGUGAGAGGAGAAUGAGUCCCUAGGACAGGAGAGAGGGUGGUGGUGGCAUAAAUAUCCUUGGAGGGAAAAUGCUGGAGUGGGAUGGGAUAGGGAAGCUCGGUGUGUUUGGUGUGGGGGAGAGAGAGAGAGAGAGAUAGGUGGGAAAUGAGGCAAGAUUGUCAAAGCUUGACUAGAAGAAAGCAGCAAAGAGUGAAUGAACUACUGAGUGAAAGAGCUCUUCUGUGUGUUAGAACUCAGCACUGAAGCCUGGAUGCUUUCUGUAAGUAUUUACAAAAAAAAAAAAAAAAUACCAGGAAAAAAAAAAAGACAAAAAAAAAAAAAAUAGAAAAAAAAUAACGCGAAACCACCACAAAAAAAAAAAACAAACCAACAAAAUUGUAUUUAUGUUAAUGUUGUUAUAUUACCUGUUGUAUAUUGUAAAUAGCGAGGUUUAUUCUCCUGUGGUUUAAAAAAAAAAAAAGAAAAAAAAUAAUUAUAAAUGACUAAAACAGUAGCGAGGCACAUGUGUUAAAUGUAUAGGCAGUGUAUAAAAUAUACUAACAACUCUGAAAUCAGGAGAACUUUGUCUUCUUGGCCUUUUGACCUAGGGUGGUAAAAAAAACAUUAUGUGGGUUAUUUUUUCUUCUCCCCCCCCCAGCCCCAACCCUGCACCACGUUGGGUGUGUUUAGGGCAGGGGGGUGUUUAAUUCCGGCGUUUUCCAAUGUUUGCCUUAUCCUCGAGGAAAGAAUGGAUUGGGGGGGGGGAGAAAAGCCUUGUUUUGGAAAAAUCCCGUAGGGAUGAGACAAGAGAAGAUGUAAAACCCCCUCGGAACCCUCCCAAGUGCUCGGCGGGUUCGCUGGGGGUCAGCGAGGUGUGGGGGAGUUGAAGGAACUCCUGGAGGAGCAGCUCCUGCUUGUGCUGCUCCUGUAAAAGAGACACAGAAUCCUCGUCAAACAUUGGGGAGCAUCCUGGAAAACCUUCUUUUUAUUCCAGCUGGGAUUCAACUGGAUUUUUCCAGAGAGGUGAUUCCACCCCACCCCCCUCGCCCCCACCAGUGCAAUUCAGUGGAAUUGCUCCUUUUUUUUUUUUUUUUUUGUAAAACUACUAUGAGAGUGGAUUUGGGUCCCUGGUGUUAUUUCAUAGAUAUAAUAAAAAAAAAAAAAAAAAAAGAAAAAAAGUGCAAAGCAACUUUUCCCCCUUUUUCUUGCCCCCCAGAGAAACAGGUUUUUGCUCAGAUGUAACUGGAGAAAGGAACAGGUGGGUGGAGGGGACGUCUCUGACCCCCUUCCACCCCCUGUCCCCCCAAAAAGUGUUGGUUCUCCUCAGCUGAUCCAGCAAGACUUGUGAGAUCAGUUUUUGGGGGUGGGGGAGGGUGGGUGGGGGGGGGGUGCAACCAUUAUUUAUAUAACUUUUUUAUUAAUUUUUUUUUUUAAAAGAGAAUUUAGCUGACGGAAGAAUAUUUUUAUUGAAUAGCGCGUUUAGUUAUGUCAGAAAUAUAAAAGAAAAAAAAGAAAUAUAUAAUAUUUUUGUAAACAAGGCAAACUGAAAACGUUUGUUGUUUUAUAUUAGAAUUUUCUAUUAAAAGAAAUAAAAACCCACGGAAAUAAUUGUUGCACCCGUCAUCUGUUUUUUUUAACAAGCUUCUGUUCUGUGUGACUGACUCAUAUAUGUGGAGACAUGCAAAACAAGUCCUAAACAUUACAUUCUCAUUGUCUUCCAGUUACCAAAAACCUGGUGAAACAGGCAGUGUUUAGUCAAAGGGGCUCUUUUUUUAUUGUUAUUAAUAUUAUUACUAUUAUCAACUCUGAAAAUGAGUCAUUUGUAAUUCAAAUAUAAAAACAAUCUACCCCAAAUUUUCAGGUUUUCCCCUUUUUUCAGUUGAGCAUCCUGGUUUUGAGGUGGGUCUGGAAGAAGAAAAGCCAAACCCUAUUUACACUAACCAGGUAUUUGCCAUUGAUCUCAGUUGGCCUGAGAAAAAUGAUCCUUAAAAAAGGAAAAUUUGGGGGGAAAAGAAAUAAUAAAUAAUAAUCUGAGUUAAAUGAAGAGGACCAAAUUCCAGGCUUGAUCCAACACAAGCAGUUUUAACCUGUUCGAAUGGGACGGUGUAAAAUUGGGGAGCUGGGAAUGAUCCCAGGAAGCCUUUGGAAGCAGGGAGUGAGUUAUGGACCCUCUUGUUUUCAAAGGAACUUUUGGGAUUGCUGCUUUGGAGACCUGAGCAGGGGCAAAAUAACAUCUGAGGGUUUUUUCCUGCUGGCAACCAGCUCAUUCCCAGGUCUGGAAUUCCUUCGUUAAUCAUUUCUCAGCUGCCCUCGUUUAGCAAACGCGGCUUGGCCGUGGUGGGCUUGGAUGAGACCCCGGAUGGAAGGACAGAUUUCUCAAGGCUACUUUCAUGGAGUAGAUGCUGCUUAAGAUGAUUUUCUGGUGGAUUAUGGUGCCUGUGAAAAAUUCCUCAGUUGAUGCUGCAGGAAAAAUUGGGUCUGUUCUGUUCCCGACGGAACAGGUGCAGUAAAGCUCCUCGUUCCCGGUUUAUCCAGCUCCGGGGGCACAUCUGCUGGCUUGGGCUUGGCUUCCAUGCCCAUCUCAUCCCAGCUUUCCCUUUCCAGGGUACUAACUAGGUGAUGACUUCUGGAGAGCAGUGUUUUCCUGCAGGAGAUGCAGGGCCUUUCUGGACCAUGCUGUCUGUGUAACUUGAAGGAGGCUCAGUAUGGCACUGCAGAAAUCCAUGGAAAUCAUGGAAUGCUUUGGCUUGGAAGGGAUCUUAAAGAUCAUCAUCCAGUUCCUGGUUGAAUCUGGUCAACCCCCUGAAAUCUGUUCAUUACUAAAGCAGCCAAGCUUAGGGCCGUGGGUAUUAUCACUGAAUAGCUUUUAUUUCUCCUUUUUCCCUGAGCGAUGUCGGAUUUGACCAAAUUAUUUACAAGUUCCAGGAAACGGAAUAUUUUUAAGUAUUUCCGAACAGGAUAUUUCUUUGUGGGCGGGGAGGAAAAGCAGAUGGACGUUGGCAGCACAUUUUGGCAUCGGGAUGGGCUUCCUGUAACUACAUUUCUUCAGGUGUAGGUCCAGACACAGAAAAUUUCGGCUGUCAGGGGAAAUAUCAGAGUUCGGUGGUUUUUCUCAGUUGUUGCUGAAUGUUUCCAGAAGUGGGAAAAAUUAGCAGAAUUAGCAAAGGUGACCCGAAAGGACAGGAGGUUCCUCCCUUGUCAAGUGCUUCCUUCAUCACAGGGUUGCUCAGGAAUGUUGGGAAAGAUGCUGCCGUUGCCUUUGUGAUGGACCCGGAAUCUUCUCUCCUUAAAUAAGGAGUUCUCGCUUUGCCAUCACUGUAGGUCCCUCUAGAAGGUCUUUUGACCUGUGUGGAGCUGCAGGUUUCUCCCUGCUGACAAUAGAAGGGGAUAAAGACACGGACACCCAGGUUAAUAGAGGCAGGGGUGAAUUCAGGAUUAAUCAAAACCUGUGGAUAAUCCCUCCAGCUCCCCUUGGACCCGUUUGAAAGCAGCAACACCAAAAGUAGCACAGGAAUUUCCCUCGUUCCACCCCAGUCUCCAAAGAUGUCCCUUGAGACACGAAUGUAAAGUCUAGGAUUUGUUUUGCACACCUGGGAUGGCAUUUCCUUUUAAAGGGAGGUGGGAAUACUAACAUGAAGGAUUAGUAUUUUUCUCGUUUUUCUUCGUUUUGUUUUGUUUUGUUUUUUUUUUCCAAUGUCUUAUGGGAGCCUAAGUUAUUUUUCUCUACCUCAUAUGUACAGCUUGUAGGUAUAAAUCUGAUUCUGAGUGACUGUGGAGAAUGUAUUUAAGUUAUUUAACAUCUUUGUAUAACAUAAAAGAAAAAAAAAAGAACAAAUGAGACAAUAAAUGUAUUUUAAAUUAUA